AUGUCUGUCGCUUUACCAAACGAUUACAACAAGGUUUUGUACCAACCUUUGGCUGAAGCCGAUCCAGAAGUACAACAAAUCAUCGAAAAUGAAACAUGGCGUCAAUUCUCAGGUUUGGAAUUGAUCGCUUCCGAAAAUUUGACUUCUUUGGCCACCAUGGAAGCAAACGGUUCCAUCUUGACAAACAAAUACUCUGAAGGUUUGCCAGGUGCUCGUUACUACGGUGGUAACGAAUACAUCGAUCAAUUGGAACGCCUUUGUCAAGAGCGUGCCUUGAAGGCUUUCGAUUUGGACCCUAAAAUCUGGGGUGUCAACGUUCAACCUUACUCUGGUUCAACUGCCAACUUUGCUACAUUCACAGCUAUCUUGAACCCUCAAGACCGUAUCAUGGGUCUCGGUCUCCCAUCCGGUGGUCACUUGACACACGGUUUCUACACUGCCAAGAAAAAGAUCAGUGCUUCAUCCAUUUACUUCCAAUCUUUCCCUUACCAAGUCGAUUUGAAGACUGGUAUCAUUGACUACGAAGGUUUGCACAAGAAUGCUGAUCUUUUCAAGCCUCGUCUUUUGAUCACUGGUGGAUCUGCUUACCCUCGUGAUUGGGAUUACGCUCGUUUGGCUGAAACCGCCAAGAGUCAAGGUGCUUACUUGAUGAGCGAUAUCGCACACAUUUCCGGUUUGGUUGCCGCAAAGGUUCAAAGCAACCCCUUCGAGUACUGUGACAUUGUCACCACAACCACUCACAAGACCUUGCGUGGUCCUCGUGCCGGUUUGAUCUUCUACCGCAAGGACAAAGAUGCCGAGAUGGAAGGCAAGAUCAACGCUGCCGUCUUCCCUGCUUGCCAAGGUGGUCCACACAACAACACCAUCGCAGGUAUUGCAGUUGCAUUGAAGCAAGCUGCCGACCCAGCAUUCAAGGAAUACGCCACACAAAUCAUCAACAACAGUCGUGCAAUGGCUGAAAAGCUACACGAAAAAGGAUACAAAUUGCAAACAGACGGUUCAGACAACCAUUUGAUCUUGUGGGAUUUACGUCCUUUGGCUUUGACCGGAAGCAAGAUUGAAAAGAUUUGUGAUUUGGCACACAUUACCUUGAACAAGAAUGCCGUUCCAGGAGAUCUUUCUGCCAUGACACCCGGUGGUGUUCGUUUGGGUAUGGGUGCAUUGACAUCCCGUGGAAUGAAGGAAAGCGAUAUGCACAAGGUUGCCGAAUUCUUGAUCCGUGUUAUUGAUAUCUCACUUGAAAUCCAAAGCAAGGUUGGUAAGAAAUUGGUCGACUUCUUGAAAGCAGCCGAAUCACACGAAGGCAUCAAACAAUUACACGCAGACGUUGAAAAGUUCGCAACAAGCUUCCCUCUGCCUGGUGUCCGGGACACUUCUUCCAUCAAGAAACCUUCUGCUUAA